UUUUGGAACGCUAGCUGACGGCACAUCUGUGACGCCACACUCCAUCCGGGUCCCCCGCGCUUGAGCCAUGACGUCACGGGGUCCAGGAAUGGCGGCGCUGUCUGCAGAGAGAAGCAGCCCGAAACUUUAUUCCUAACGUCACUCAGCGGCUACACAAGCUCCACCGCUCCACCGACGGCCAUAUCCUCCUCUUAAAGAGCCAGCGCGACAGCGGAACCCAGUCUCGACGUUGUUACCGCUGAAUUUCGACGUCUCAGGCUAUAUUAGUUUGGUUGACUUUGCGAGGGCCAAAAGACAAGAGCAAAGACAACGACUAACGGUACAUAAAAACAACAACAAGCACCCCAAAACACCCUCUUUCGAGUCCGUCCAUUUCACAGAAGGAUCUUACUUGGCUAGUUUCUCGUCUUGCUCACACCCCGAAAGGCACGACACUGGCCUGAUAAGGUGAAGCCACCAGCUGCGGGUUUGAUGCCACGAUGGAGAGUUUAACACUGAGCGAUGUCGAGCAGAAAUAUUAUUCUGAACUCUUCCUCUUCUGUGAUGUGGAUAACACCAAGAAAGUGGCUUCCAAUGGCAAAGUUCUGGACCUGUUCCGGGCGGCCCAGCUCUCAAACGAAGUGGUCCAUCAGAUUACUGAACUUUGUGGGGCCACACGUCUCGGUCAUUUCGGUCGGAGUCAGUUCUACAUUGCACUGAAGCUCAUUGCACUGGCCCAGUCUGGACUGCCCCUGCGCGUGGAGAGUCUGAACAGUGUCAGGGAUCUGCCCCUCCCUCGCUUUGUGAUGGGCAAGAAUGAGCAGGAGAUGAGGCACGUGGUCAUGUUUGCAGACACAGAGAACCAAGGGCCCUACCUCCCCAGACCUCCAGGCCGAGUGCAAGCCAAAAAAGUGUCAGCGCAUGAGAUGAUUCAGCCCUGUGUGCCCACUGUAGAUCCACAGCCGGACACCACAUCUCCUGUAGUGUCACCGCACCAGUCCCCUCCCACUUCGCCACAUGCCUGGAGGAAGCACAAACGCCAGGCCAGCGGUGGAAACGUUGACAGACAGCCCUCAGUGCCAGGAGUUGUUUGGCCACCUUUUAGAGAAGCACAGCCAGGACCAGUUACAGGUGAUGGGAUGUGGUCCGCCCAUUCACCCCCUCCUGUCCAGGAAAGUUGGGUCAGCUUUACAGACACGCCCCCCUCCUGCACACUUCCAAUGCAUCCCCCAUCAGCUCAGCAGCUACAGCAAGAAAACAGUAAUGGCGGACUGCUGCUGCUCACUCAGCCGGAGAGCACAACAGUACGGACUGUGCCAUCUGCAAUGACCACAAAUGAAAUCCAAAGACAGACCAGUGGUUAUGAUGACCCCUGGAAAAUCACAGAUGAGCAAAGACAGUAUUACAUAAACCAGUUUAAGACCAUUCAGGCUGAUCUCACUGGUUUAAUCCCUGGUUCAGCCGCGAAGGAAUUUUUUACAAAGUCGAAACUGCCUAUUCUUGAACUGUCUCACAUUUGGGAGCUAUCAGAUUUUGAUAAAGAUGGUGCACUGACCCUUGAUGAGUUCUGUGCUGCGUUUCAUCUUGUGGUCGCCAGGAAAAAUGGUUAUGACCUUCCUGAAAAGCUCCCUGAGAGCCUAAUGCCAAAGCUUAUUGACUUGGAUGACUCAGCAGGAGUUCCAGAACCUGAUCCUGAAGUGGGCUUUUCUGCUUCCCCCGUGGAGGUCACUCCAAAUAAGUCUCCUUCCAUGCCUUCCCUGAACCAGAACUGGCCUGAGCUCAACCAGAGCAAUGAGCAGUGGGAGACUUUUAGCGAACGCUCCUCAAGCUCACAAACUCUGACCCAAUUUGAUUCUAACAUUGCACCAGCUGACCCUGAUACAGCAAUAGUCCACCCUGUGCCCAUUCGUAUGACACCCAGCAAGAUCCACAUGCAAGAGAUGGAGCUCAAGAGAACUGGAAGUGAUCACACACAUCCAACAAGUCCGUUAAUGGCGAAACCACCAGAACUUUCUGAGGAGACCAAGUUAGCAGCAGCUAUUAAAUUUCCUGGUACCACUGUUGGAGAUGGCUAUAGCAGCUCAGAUUCGUUUACAUCUGAUCAGGAGCCCAUAUCCAGUGCUGUGAACAGACAAAGGUCUCACUCCGGCACCUCCCCGGAAGGACUGAAGGUUGUGGCUCCGCCCCCACCCCCACCCCGCCCCAACGCCUCUCACUCACGGUCCUCAUCUCUAGACAUGAACAGAAACUUUGCUGCUGUCCCUGCAGGUCCACAACAGCCAGGUGUAGUUGCCUUUCCCCCAGCAGUGCCUCCCAGACCACUGCCCACACAGACAUCAGUGCCACAUGGUCACCGUUCGGUAGAGGGAGAUGGUCUUCCAGCAAUUACCAGCACAUCACCCCAGCAGAUGCCAGAACAACCCAACUUUGCUGACUUCAGCCAGUUCCAGGUUUUUGCUGUCGACCAGCCGGCAGAUGAUGGAGAGAAACCAUCUGACAGUGGACAGGUAGAAAGAUGUGCAGAAACCACCGGGACGAUGAGAACAGCAAAGAAUGACGUUCAGGCAGAGGAACGAAAUGCAACCACUGUCAACUCUGCCAAAGUAUCUACUCCAUUGGCCCCACCCCCUAAACCUGUUCGUCGAAGACUGAAAUCAGAAGAUGAGCUCAGACCAGAUGUGGAAGACCUUCCGCAAAAGUCUACCGUCAUAGCCACUGUUCUAGCAACCCAGCCCUCAAUUCCACGGUCUAUCGGUAAAGAUAAGAAGGCCAUCCAGGCUUCCAUUAGAAGAAACAAAGAAACGAAUACGGUUUUAGCCAGACUCAACAGUGAAUUACAGCAACAGUUGAAGGACCUGCUAGAAGAAAGAAUAUCGCUUGAAGUGCAACUGGAACAGCUUAGACCAUUUUCGCAUUUGUAAAAAGAGUGUUCAGAUUGAAUGUUUGUGUGUAUGAAAGUGAUUACCCCCGUUUUUUUUUUUUUUUUUUUUUUUUUUUUUUGAGUGGUCUGUUGGAUCCUCUGGCAGGAUGUCAAUUUCACCCUUUCUCCACUCCUCUGCUGACUGUGUGAGAAGAGACACGAUCGCUGCUUCCUCCAGACUGUUCUGUCUCACACAGCCAUUCAGAGGGAUGGGGUCCAGGAACAUUAUCCGUUAUGGCACUCUGAUGAAACAGAAAGUCUGAGUGGUUGUGUGUGUAAUAACCCAGACAUUGCAGGUUCUGUUUUGCAUGUGAGGCAAGAGCCUGACAUCAUGGCUGGCAGGAGGCUGUAAUUCUGGUAAACAUGAAGGAGCCUCUUCCCCUCCUGUUCUCCAGAGUCCUGAGGCAGCUUGUCAUGUUCUUCCAUGUUAGAGGCACCCGUGUGUGCUCAGACAAUCAUGUUAGGCAAUGCACUGGUCGUAAAGAGGGGAGAACUGAUUUUUGGGAGAUCAUACUAUUUCAGAAGUACGCUUUAGAAAACUGAUUCUGACAA